GACGCGGAAGGGGAAACUACGAAGCGGAACGAAAACAGCACGCAAAUGUGCAAAGCGCAAGUAAGUCAUACAAACUUUGACGCCAGAAAGUAAAUGAGAGAAGAAUUAGCGAGCCUUCAGACAUUUCUUUAAAGGCAUCAUAAGCUUUAAAUUAUAAACUCAGUAUUUCAGGGGAAAUUUUGGCACGACUAGACGCUCUUGCCGUAGGCGGUCUACAAAUUAUAGUCAUCUCUCACGUUGCAGAUCCCUCUCCAUUUUGAACAAUUAACCGCAAAUCCCCCACAAAAAUUAGUAGUACAGGCGUUCGCAUAUUGUCUGAAAAAAUCCCGCUAACAUGGAUUCUCGCAGUUCAAACUAUUUAUUAACUCGCUAUCCGAGGGUAUCCGUAAUAAUGGCAGGUCAUGACCCCACUGGAUUGGCGGUUAAAAUUGAAAAAAAUGGGUAAAAUGUUCCCGUAUUCAUUCAUGUAAGAACGAGACCUUCUGUUUCUGGAAAGCAGAGUACAAAAUAGUUUACUGGGGUCAUCUAAAUCUGGCUGAGAUAGACUUCCCUCUCUGGAGGGUAGAACUAGAUGAACAAUAUAAAAAGGACCUCUAAGAGCACAAGAGUGUCAUGAUCAAAAAAGGGCGUGUGCUAACUUUCCUGAACUCCGUGGGCUCACAGCCAAUUUUGAAAGUCUACCCGAUUGCCACUUUUUCUUUCAUUUUUUUUCCAGUUAAUGGACGUCCCUCUUGUUAACUCAGAAGGUAAAAUGCUGUUACCACCAGCUGAAUUAGGAAAAGGAUGCCCCAGCCCUGUUUACGCCAAUCCUCGCCAGGUUCUACGAAUCCUCAAACGAAGGGAAGCCAAAAAGAGGCUUGCUCGUUCAGGAAAACUGAAAAACCGGGCCAAACGAGUAUGUAUGGCAGUUCAGUAAAUUUUUCUUUUAUUCCCGAACGUGCUGACUGGACAUAUCAUAUUGUUCCAAUCUAGACUCGAUUAUUAUGUUAAUUCAACUGUAACUGAAUCAAAUAAUUAAUUGAUGAGAGAAUUCACACUCAAUACUGCCUGAAAGGCUAAAGUUUAAAGUAAAGUCCAGGUCCGGUUUACGUGCACGCUACGAUUUAUCGCGCGAAUUUUCCAACGUAACGCAAAAAAAAAUCACCUGUUUUUAAAAACUCGGUUGAAGUUUGAUUUUACGCCGAUUUGUGAUUGUUCCUUAGCGUUUUCCAAAAGUAACUAGUCACGUUGUCUCAAAAUUUUUAGGAUAAAAAGAGAGCUGGAAAUCAAGAAGAUGGUAAAACAAAUAGUGAUGGAGCGAGUCCUAAAAAGGCUGGUUAG